CGUCGGUAACCAGGAAGUUAUUGUGUACAGUUUCACAUGUCCGCGGCUACUUUCGGCUGAAGCAAAAAUGAGCACCACACAGAACGGGGCGGAAUUUGAAGCUAUUUCUGUGCACAACUUUACGGAGAAGAUUUUGGAGCAGGUCGUACACUUUCACGUGAUGAAGUUCAGCGGCGGGUUUUUCCUCUGGGUCGGUUCUGCUCCGGUUCUGUCCAACCUGGCGGUGUCAAUGAGCAGCAGAUAUGAUUCAAUGCCUUUGUCUACAUUAGUAUUGGGGGACCCAUCCAACACAGCUCCAAAUUCUUUGGCACAGAGAUUAGCAAAGAAGACCAACAAGCAAGUGUUUGCGAGUUACAGUCUUCCAAUGACGGACUCAAAUCUCAGUCUUUUGGUGGAGAACAGGAUCAAAAAGGAGCUGGAGCUUCACCCUGAGCACUUUUAGAUACAUCUGACCCUUGUUGGCAUGUAGAACAUACAGCAGCAGAUCCUUUCUCUGUUCAUUGCACUUGGAAUUAAAGUUGAGCAAUUUGGGUAAAAUAUGUUUUUUGACAGAUAUUGACAUUUGAUUUACAAUAUAAUGUUUCAAAGUCCUGCUUUUAGUUCUCUCUGUAAUAUGUGUAUACACUACCAUUCAAAAGUUCGGACUCACCUCCUGAUUCAAUGCUUUUUAUUUAUUUAUUUGUCUCAUUUUCUACAUUGUAGAUUAAUAGUGGAGAUUAACAUUUUUUUUGUUUACAACAUAAUUCUAUAUGUAUUCGUUUAGAGUUUUGAUGUUUUCAGUAUUUAUCUACAAUGUAGAAAAUAAUUGAAUGAAAACCAUUGAAUGAGAAGUUGUGUCCAAACUUUUGACUGGUAGUGUAAAAUGUGGAGGAGCAUUAUCACAACAUACCAUCAAAAGUUUGUAAAACAGCUAUCACAGCAGAACUGCGAUACAUAUGAGGUGUGGCUAUUCACUAACAAUAACCCAACUCAGACCCACAAAAUCUGCCAGAAACUUGGCUGUCAUGAUCGAUGACCAACUAACCUUCAAGGUUCAUGUGGCCUCUGUUGCUCGGUCAUGUCUAUUCUCCCUGUACAUCAGGAAGAUCAGACCCUUCCUGGCUCUCUAAUAUCAUGGAUUGACUACUGUAACUCGUUACUGGCAGGCCUCCCCUCAUGCACGUUCAAACCUCUGUAGAUAAUCCAGAUUUCAACCAGCCAAAAACAGCUCAUGUCACCUCCCUGUUCAGAUCACUUCACUGGCUUCCAGUUGCUGCCCGCAUAAAAUUCAAAACUCUGACACUUGUCUGCAAAACUAGAAUGAAAACAGCUCCCUCCUACCUGAACUCUCUCAUUCAGGUCUACACUCCCACCUGCUCACUACGCUCAGCCAACAAAAGGCUCCUGAUACAACCACCACAACAGGUCCUGUCCAUAGGUGGACUCUUCUCCUCUGUGGUUCCCCGAUGGUGGAACGACUUACUAAACUCUACUCAAUCUGCAGAGUCUCUGUCAGUCUUAAAGAAAAGAUUUAAGACCCAGCUCUUCACUGAACACCUUUACACUUGACAGACUGCAAAAAAAAUAAAAAAUCCUAUUACAUCUGCACUGUCUAUAGGCACCACAGUCCUAUUGUCACACUUGAACUUGUUUUAUGGCUUAUCCAGGUUGUUUUCUCCUAACUAGAUCCUUGCUUGUGUUGUUUCUACUCUUGCUUUGGAUAAAAGCAUCUGCUAAAUGAAAUUGUAGAACUGUAGAACUAGACUGGGCUUAUGUCAGUUGAACCACAGGGUGAAUGAAGGAAAUACUUAGUGUUAACUGAUCAGUGAGAGAGCAUAAACAAGCCCCGACAGUUUCAAUCUACUCAAAUACAGCAUUCAUUACAGUCUAAUUUAAUAGCCACACUUUUUAUAUCGUGAAUGGCAGCAUUUGCAAUUUGCUAAUUACAAUAUUUGAAAUUGUGAUUUCAAUUUAAAAUCAAUUCAUUUCUCAGCCCUGCCUUUAAUACAGUAAUCCCACUCCAACAUAAUAACAAGGACAAAUGGUCACAUCAAGUGUUCUUUUAUUGACAUAAUAAAUUAAGUGGUUUAUUAUCAAAACAUGUAGGCCUAUGGCUUUUUGUACAAAUGCAUCAUAUUAAAAAAUAACACUUAGAAAACAGCAUUAGUUGUUAAGGGUUUUUUUCAUGUUUUUUUCUCUGAAUGUUUAACUGUUGAAAACAUACAAACUAGUAAACCAUACAGGGUGUUCAAAAUACGUACUGUGUGCUAAAUAUGAAUUAGAAAAUGAAGGGAUGUCUGGA